CAUUUCACUUCUCUUUCUCUAUAUACCAUGUCAAAUCGUUGGAUAUCACAAAUACCCUUCAUACACACAUGAUAUGACCCUAUUCAAUCUCAUAUCCACGUGAGGAUUCACUUGGAAUCAGAAGGGAUCCCACGACACCGCCUUCCCUUGAACCCACGCGGCCCACGACUCACGGCUCAAUCGCCCAUCACCCCGGCAUCCGGACUGUUAAUCCUCGGCGAGUGGAGGCAGGAUGGUGUACGAUCCAAUAAGGGAUCGUGAUGUUCCCUCUCCGGCCAUCUCGAAACCUUCUCCUUCAAAUGAUUGGGGUCGGGUCGUCCAAGGAUCAAGUACCGUUCACUAUCAAGAUCCUCGAGUAAACAAUCCCGAUGGUGUCAGAGCUCCACCUCCUUCUCAUCCACCAGAUUUUCAACCCACCGCUCGUCGACCUUCACCAUCUUCAUAUCCAAUACGAUCCGUAUCCGUUUCGGGAUCAGGAGGUUUGAGAGGGUUGUUGAAUGACGAGCCACUGGUAAGACCCAGUAUCGGGCUCGGAACUAUCGAAAAGCAGCGCAAGGUCAGUGGGCAGUCAGGUGGAAUUUCAAAGUUGCUUAACACCGAAACGGCAUCCAUAAACAACACUACCAAUUCAUCCUCGACUCUCACGCCCAGCUCAUUGACCGCGAAUAAUAGCCCAGUGCCGCAGCAUGAAUUCCUCGACCCUAACGGUUUAGUGAUUCCCGGCCAUCCAUCCCGACAGUCAAGAUCGCCUCAUCUCUCCCUGUCCAGCGUCAGCCCUGUCCUCUCACACGCAUCAGUACCACAGUAUGAGGAUUCGAAUCAUCACUCUCGCGUCCAUCCAUAUCAUACACCACAAGCACAACCCUCGAACGGAUCGUCAUAUCGUGCACCACCACAAUCAGGUCCUUCGAAUUUCGCAAAUUCGGUGACCCAACAACCUUUUCAAACACCUCAAACUCAACUCAGUCAUCAUAGACCCAUGAUGCCCCCGGAGGUUCCUCGUUUCCAGUCGAUCUCUGUCUCUCCGCGAAGUCAACCCCAAACACUCCCUCAAGCCCCACACGCCAACCCGACGUCUCGUCCCACAUCCUCUUCUGCCGCAAGUCAAGUCUUCUACUUUGCCCCUCCUCCCGCCCAGACCCCCGAACCGUCUCCUGCGCGUACUUUAUGUCCAUCGUCCGAAGAGUACAUUCCGCCAUCUGCAAGACAGACAAACAAUGUGCCUGUCAGACAUGUGACGGCUCCUUCAUUUCGCGAGCCACGUUUCAGCCAUACGCCUUCGGCAACUUCAGUAUCGGUUCGAUCGCCAUCACCGAUCAACAAAGUCAUGUAUCAUCCCGCUCGUCUCAAACAGCCCACUUCAGUCCUCGUUCCUAUUUUGCCACCAGAGUCUGAACAACUACGAAUAUCCGCCAUGUCCAAUAAUCCGCUACGUAAAAAGGCCAGACGUCCGUUACCUAGCUGGUCUGUAGCACCCAGUUCAAGACUGUCCGGACCGCAAGAAUCCGAUUCGUCGUAUUUCCCCACACAUGAUGACCUAGCUCGAAGGUCACAGGGUCCAGGAAGCAGGAGAGGCUCAGCGUCGGAACGUCGAAGACCUUCUAUUACUCCAGGUCCGCUAUUGUCCACGCUUCUAGAGAGACCAGACUCGCGAAAACCUACGCCUAGGGUGGUCAGUGGAGAGACGGAGCAAAAGGCCGGGAAGCAACUGAAGCGUUCUUCAGAGGGGGAGGAGCCGGAAAGGGAAGCUGUCAGGAGAAAGGUCAGCGGAUCGCUAUACGUCGGGAACACUGGGGCUAUAGCGAGUCAUUAUAAUGCUCGGCCAGAAGUCGGCGUGGAGCAUCGCGAGCUUUCCCCUAUCAUCGGUCUGAAGAAAUUCAACAACUGGAUCAAAUCGGUCCUCAUCGGCAAGUUUGCUUACCGUCGACGGAAUGGACCAGGGGCAAAUGUUCUUGAUCUGGGUUGUGGAAAGGGUGGCGAUCUGAACAAAUGGAAGCAAGCGCACAUCCGGCUGUAUGUUGGAUUAGACAUCGCCACCACCUCCAUCGAGCAAGCUGAAGAGAGGUAUCGCAAACUGGGCAAUCGAGCGGGAUUUGAUGGCUACUUUUACGCCAGCGACUGUUUUGCCAACCCCAUUUCCGAUGUCUUGCCUCCCGAUUUAGCGCAGGAAGAUCUGUACGAUAAUGUGACCAUGCAAUUUUGCAUGCACUACGCAUUCGAAAAUGCCUCUAAAGCUAGGAUGAUGAUGGAGAAUGUGUCUAGAUAUCUACGGCCGGGCGGGGUACUCAUCGGGACUAUACCAGAUGCGGAUUUGUUGUUGGAUCGCCUACAUUCCAUACCUGAAGAUGCGGAAGAUCUCCGAUUUGGGAAUUCAUGUUACUAUGUCCGAUUUAACGAACGUAGACAUAAAGGACUCUAUGGACAUGAAUAUCGGUUUUACCUUACCGAUGCUGUGGAGGAUGUUCCGGAGUAUUUGGUAGAUUGGAAGAAUUUCGUAGCACUGGCGGCAGAAUACAGACUUCGUUUAAUUUACAAAAAACCAUUUCAUUCAGUCUUAGAAGAAGAACAAUCCAGUCGAGACUUUGGACCUUUAUUGGGUAAAAUGGGUGUUUUGGAUCAUAAUGGUCAUAGUGCCAUGGAUGCGGAUCAAUGGGAAGCGGCCAAUUUAUAUUUGGCUUUUGCAUUUGAGAAGAUAUGACACGACGAUGUGUCGCAUUCCCUGAUCCCUUUGCAAUCAAAGUACAGUAAUAUGAAAAGCGGAAUGGCAUAGGUAUGGGAUGGAGUUGGUUAGAAAACCAUUCCGCUUUUUACGUCAACGUAAGUGAGUGUGGGUGAGAGUGAUGGAUCGAAUCAAAGGGAUAUCAAAGUCAGAACAAGAGAUGUUGAUGGGUUGAAACAGAGAGGAAAGUAACUUAUCUUGGGAAAGAGACAUUCAUGAGAUUAGAGAUAAUGGUUUCAAACUGUAUCCCGUACCGCAUGGAUGGUUGUACGAACAU